UGAACAUUUUGGAAACAACGGAAGCCACAGAGGCCUUCUUUGCAAUGACAAGAUUGUUUCAGUCAAAUGAUCAAACAUUAAGGAGAAUGUGUUACCUUACCAUCAAAGAGAUGGCCAACAUUUCGGAGGAUGUCAUCAUUGUCACUAGCAGCCUGACCAAAGACAUGACUGGGAAAGAGGAUGUGUACCGAGGCCCUGCCAUCAGAGCCCUCUGUAGAAUCACGGAUGGCACCAUGCUGCAGGCCAUUGAGAGGUACAUGAAGCAAGCCAUUGUGGACAAAGUCCCCAGUGUCUCCAGUUCAGCGCUGGUGUCCUCCUUACACAUGAUGAAGAUCAACUAUGAUGUGGUCAAACGGUGGAUCAAUGAAGCCCAGGAAGCUGCUUCCAGUGACAACAUCAUGGUCCAGUACCAUGCCUUAGGGCUGCUCUACCACCUUCGGAAGAACGACUGCCUUGGUGUUUCCAAGAUGCUGAAUAAAUUCACUAAAUCUGGGUUGAAAUCCCAGUUUGCAUACUGCAUGCUGAUUCGGAUCGCCAGCCGGCUGCUGAAAGAGUCUGAGGAGGGGCAUGACAACCCGCUGUUUGAUUUCAUUGAAAGCUGCCUGCGGAACAAACACGAGAUGGUCAUUUACGAGGCUGCCUCCGCCAUCAUCCAUCUCCCAAACUGUACAGCCAGAGAACUGGCACCGGCAGUCUCAGUGCUCCAGCUCUUCUGUAGUUCUCCCAAGCCUGUCCUGAGAUACGCCGCAGUCAGGACCCUCAAUAAGGUAGCGAUGAAGCACCCGUCAGCAGUAACCGCCUGCAAUUUGGACCUGGAAAACCUGAUCACGGAUUCGAACCGCAGCAUUGCCACCCUGGCCAUCACCACCCUCCUGAAGACAGGGAGCGAGAGCAGCGUGGACAGGCUCAUGAAGCAGAUCUCGUCCUUCGUGUCCGAGAUCUCAGACGAGUUUAAGGUGAGGUGAUUUCCCGUCUGCCCUUUG